GCUCUCUCUCCUAUUGACUUUCCAAGCAUGUUUGACAUUUCCAUAAGGGUCCCGCCUCUGUAUUUAUACCGCGCGCCCGUUCAGCGCGCUCGAGCAGCAGAGCGCAGGAAGAAAGUGAAGCAGAAGUGAAGAUUUCACGGAGUACUUUACCUGUUUCAAAGGGCCAUGAACAAGCUCCCCGAAAAAGGAUGACAUCUAAAUGUCGGUCUUCAGACAUUCUGCCACAAAACCUUUCUGCAGGAAGCACUAUGUUGGAGUCCAACAUCUCCAAAUCUCCACAGGACAGCACCGUCAAGAGUGCCAGCUGUGGAUCUGUAUCCGUGUUCUUUCCCAUCAGUAUGAUGGUCACUGGAAUGGUGGGUAACUCACUGGCGAUGCUGCUAGUUUAUAAUGCAUACCGAAGAAAAGAAAACAAAAGAAAGAAAUCGUUUCUGCUUUGCAUUGGGUCGCUGGCAUUGACUGAUCUUUUCGGCCAGUUGCUCACAAGUCCCAUAGUCAUUUCGGUUUACAGAGCAGAUCUGAAAUGGGACAACGUGGACUCGUCAGGAACUCUCUGCGCUUUCUUCGGCGUGUGCAUGACCACUUUUGGUUUAUGCUCUCUUUUUUUUGCGAGUGCCAUGGCUAUUGAAAGGGCCUUAGCCAUUACUGCUCCUCACUGGUACUCGAAUUACAUGAAAACCAACUUGACCAAACAAAUUCUUGUCAUUAUUUGGUGUUUAGUUUUGCUCUUUGCGUUGUUGCCCGUUGCUGGCGUGGGAAAAUACACGUUGCAAUGGCCAGGCACUUGGUGUUUUAUAAGUACAGGUGAUAAGGACGUAACGGGAAAUACGUUUUUUGCCAUCACUUUUGCAGUGCUGGGGAUAUUUUCAUUGCUCGUCACUUUAUCUUGUAAUUUUGUGACCAUACGUGCAUUGGUUACACGUUGUAAAUCGAAGCUAAGCUCGACUCAGUCAUCCAAGCAAUGGGAGAGGUUAACAACAGAGACUGUUAUUCAGUUGAUGGGCAUUAUGUGUGUCCUGUUGACAUGUUGGUCACCUCUGCUGAUUCUUAUGCUAAAGAUGAUCUCAACCCACACAUCCUCUCAUCAUUGCAAGUCUGCCGCUGCAUCUUUCCCACCCAAUCAGGACUUACAGAUGGACUGCAACUUCUUUCUCACAGCCAUACGCCUGGCUUCACUCAACCAGAUCCUGGAUCCGUGGGUUUACCUGCUUCUCAGGGAGAUUCUUCUGAGGAAGUUCUGCCAGGUUGCCAGUGCGGUAUCCAAGUGCUCAUUGGAGGGGCAGAAGGAAAUUCAAUGUCCUCUAGAUGUCCUGAAUAAAAAGGCUAUUCAAAACGAUCAGAACGUUCAGAAACAAUCCCUCAAUGUGGAGAACUGUAAUUUGAGUGGGGGGAAUGGGGAACAGUGACUGAAGUAGGGUUAAUAGCAUUUCAAAAUAAGAAAUACAAUGGAAUAUCUGUGAAUUGCUGUGAUGAAACCAGCAUGUAAUCGCAGUCACUUCUGUGUAGCUGACCUGUCACAGUCAAUAUAUUCAAAGGGAUUUUGUAAUUAACAUCCUUUGAAGUAAAACUAAAUGACUGAACUUGACCGGUAAAGGUAUGCAGAACAGCAAUAUUAGUAAAUGAAACGUGGCAAAACAAAAAGCAUAAGAAACUGAUUUUGCCAGCUCCCAUGGAGUUGGUUUAAAUUCUUCUGAACCAGUGUUGGCAUUACAUAAGAAAACAUAUUUAUAUAUAUGCCAAUUGCUAUAUUGAAAUGAAAGAAUAUUUCUUGGUUGAAAUGGUUAAUAUAUGGUGUGAAAUAUAAAAUAUCAAAGCUCAUUUUGCACUCACAAGAAAGCACUGAAUGGUCUUAUAUUUAAUUUAAAAAUUAUAAUUACGUUUUAUUGUGCGCACUUCUCAAUGCCAAGCCUGCAGAGCUCAUAACCACAGGUGGCUGUUUUUAUUGGUUUGAAUUGUUCGGGUUGGAUUUUAGAGUGAAGUUAAUGCAACAUAGAUUUGCUGAAUUUGUUGAAACGUUUCCAGACUUUGGUCAGCUGCUUUCAAAGUGACAUUUUGAAUGUGAUGCGCACACCAAGUGCCUCGCAGUACAGCAUCUGUUAAUCUGCAAGAUUUUAGAAAUUUCCCAACAAAAGAGCUGUAUGUGUGAUAAAAGCAAGGCCUCUAAAACUCAAAUGGAAGGCAAUUUUACCUUAUUUAGAUGUCGAUUAGUCAUUAUAGGAAAUUACUUUUUCUAUGCUAGCUGUCAGGGGGCAAAUAAAGCUUUGCUCCUCCUUUUUCCAAUAUGUUCUUUAUGGCAAAUUAUGGAAUAUUAAAGAUCCAGUAGUUAUACUGUGAGACAUAAAAUGUGUUUUUUACCCAAGGCUUUACAUUAUUCCAUGCUGACAAAAUUAUCUUACAAAAAAGGCUUUGAUUAAAAUGAAAAACAAUUGUGAAAUAUUGCAAGUGAUGCAGAUGCUACACGUCUUUUAAAUCAGGCCCUUUAGUUUUGCUGUGUUCUUGCUCAUUUUAUGCAUAAUUGAACAUCAUACAGAUCUGGAAACAAUUAAGAGACCACUCCAGUUUUGCAUUGAAUCAUCUUUAUUGUGACCAUUUCAGUCUAGUGUUUGUUGAAUUCCAACAAAAGCAAACCUCAGGAGUCACACAAUAGCAAUGUAAAAGACGGAGAGCGUGAUAGGAUGCAUAUAAGAUGUGAUAAAAAUCAUGGUUAUUCCUUCAAAUAUUUAUUUUUUAACUAUUCCUAAAAUGCAUGUUAAAAAAGUAUUGUGGUCUUUAAAAAUGAAUAUAAACUUGUUUUCUUUGAAGUAUUUAAGAUCUAAAAACAUUGCAUCUUUUUGAUAGUUUGUUUGUUUUCGGCAAAUCAGUUCAAAUUAUAACAUUAUUUUAUUAGGAAUUUGGCAGAAAUGAUGUCGGUAGUUGACAGAAUUAAACAAAAAUGAUAGUCGCAUACUUAAACGCAUACCUCUAUAUAGUAACUUUAGAAAAACUGAAAAUAAUCUUGAAUUGGUCUCUUAAUUUUUUUCAGAGCUAUAUAUGCAUAUGGGUGAUUCUCACGAAAUCCAGACUUAGAAGGUGUCCAGCAUUAGAUUUUUUUUAAAAGCCCUUGAAGCCAAUCUUACUAUAACCAUUAUUUUUAGAGGAUCUAAAAAAUAUUUCCUAUAGAAUUAUUAAAAUUUUUAGAUUAUCAUUAUCAAAAAAUAUCAUUACCGCAACAUGAUAUUACAUUAAAUAUAUGCAUUUACAAACUCAUGUUUCGGUAAUGAGAACUAAAAAGUUGUCUAGGUACUAUGACAAACAAAAUUUUAACUUUUGUCUGGAGAGAAAAAAAUAAGAACUGUUUACCUGGUAGCCAUCUUGAGUGUCACAGUCAAUUAGGUCCCUUCCAAUUAUUUUAUUUUUCUUUAUUUUUGGGAAAUGUUAGUUCAUGGAGGGCUUAAACAAUGAUUGAAAAUUGUUGCGGAGGAAGAGAAAAUUGGUCUUGGACUCAUUUAUAUUCCUUAUUAUUGUCUCUACAUUUACGAAGGAUCACCAAAUACCACAUGUUGCUUUACUGUAAAUGUUUAUAGUAUAACAUGCACUGAAGCUUUUUAUUUUUUAGAUUUUUUAAUUAUAAAUAUUUCCAUGUCAAAGAACCCAAAUCCAAUCAUGGACACGUUGCGGUUAUGAAAUUUUUCCCCUUAAAUGUGGAAAAAACAAGAAAAUUGGUUUGUAUGAUGUCAUUUGAAAAAAUAUGUGAAGAGAUGUUUGUAACUGUAUGAUUAAUGAUUGAUUGAUUAUUGAUUGAUUUUGAUACUCUUACUUUGCAUUUACUUUUUUUUAUCAAAAUGUUUUUAUCAAAAGUCUAAUUUCGCGAGAAUCACCCAUAUGCGAUUCUGUUUGUGAAAUCCAGGCUACUAUCAUGUUUCAUCUAAAUCUGUGUCGCUUUACACUUACGUCCAAAGAGUAAUGUUACCGGUACUUUAUUAGCAUACAAUAGUUGUUAGGUAGCUCAAACAGUGAAGAAAACCGGUGCUAGAAAUGCUGAAUGCAUACACAGUUAGGAAAAAAAAUUGUCAUAAAAGGUCCCAAGUUAUCACUAUCCCUUAAAAAAUGCCUUAAUAUGCACCUUAACAAUAAUAGGUACUGAUAUGUACUCUUUGGUACCAAUAUGCACUUGAAUAGUUGCAAAAAAAUCUUGUUUAAUUGGGCAACACAUCUCAUUCCAGUUUUAUAAAACUCUGACUACACCUUUUUGUCAAUGUAGCCCUUCCAUCCCCAGUUCUUUGAAACCUACAGGAUAC